AUGGCGCGUCGACAGCGCACGCAAGAAACAUACCCAGUGCACGCGCUCUCGCGCGCUCAACGAACCGCGGACCCAGAGGGAGUUUUGGAAGAUGUGGCGCAGGACCUGAGGUGGACGGAUUGCGGGAAGGAUGAGAAGAAGAUAUCGUUCUGGCGCUUUGCGCGCGCGGUCUCGGGAGGGUCUACGAGACGAGGCGAGGAUGCGGAUCAUACAACGAACUACGUGCGGAGGUGCAACGCCUUCAGUGGUACUCUCGGACGGAUCGGCUUUGUUCUUUGGCGGCGGAGAACGCAGAUUGGCGCCACGGGAGGAUAUGGAUGGAAUGCAGGUGGCGUGGCUAGCGCCGCGAGCAGGGCGAUGGAUACGGCGACCUGA